AUGGCAGCUGAACGCAGGUACAGCACCCCCUGUUCGUAUGAGCAGAGGGUGGGCCAGCCUGAACCGGCUGAGGGCAAGGAAGCGGCCUGGCCCAGGCCCAGGCCCAGGGCCAGGGCCUUCGGCAGUCCUGAGGUGGUCUACGACCGUAUCCGGGACCGGGAGCGAGCGCUAGGUGCUGGCCACCCUUGGAUGUCAACGACGAUGGAGGGGGAGGAGGAGGAGGGUGGAGCCGGCGAGGAGGAGGAUGAUGAUGAGGAGGGACCUGAGGGUUACCACUGCCAGAUCUGCGGCUAUCACACCGAACAGCUGCAGCCCUUCAACAUCCACCUUCACUCCGCCCACCCGGCCGUGGUGCUGCAGGAACUCUAUGGGUUGCUGGACCUGACGGGAGGCCCCGUCCCUGGCCUGGGCCCUUUCGGAGGCCCCGUCCCCGGCCUGGGCCCUUUCGGAGGCACUGUCCCCAACCAGGGCCUGCCUGGAGGCUCAAUACCGAGCUCCAUUUCCAGCUACGGCCCACCUGGAGGCUCCAUUUCUGGCCAUGGCCCACCUGGAGGCUCCAUACCCGGCCACGGCCCACCUGGAGGCUCCAUUUCCAGCCACGGCCCACCUGGAGGCUCCAUUUCCGGCCACGGCCUAGUCCACGGGGAUAGCAGGAAGUCGGACGUUGUACAAAUCGACCUGACUGGAGAGGACGAGGCAGGAGAACAGGACGCGGCCCCGAGGGGUCCGGCCCGAGAGCCCGGCCUGGAGCUGGGGGCCGAGGGCCGCCUGACUGAGGCCUUCAACCGCUUCCCGUACCCGAGCCCGGAGGAGAUGGCCCGGUGCGGCCUGUCGGCGGGGAUGCCGGCCGAGAGCGUCGGGGUCUGGUUCGCGGUGCAGCGGCUGCGCCACGGGAUCAGCUGGACCCCCGAGGAAGUGAGGGAGGCCCGCCUCACGCUGUCCAGCAAGCCUGGCGCCCUCCGGCUGACCGCGCCACCCCCCGUCCCUCCAGCGCACGCCGAAGGUCGCCAGGUUCUGGCCCCGGCCUGGCAGAGGGGGCCCGGCGUCGGCUGUGGUGGAGCCGCGGGCCUGCUCCUCUUCCUCCGCCCCGGGAGCCCCCGGAAGGCCCGCACCUCGCCCGACGGGGCCGAUUCGCCUCCUCCAGCCCCCGGCGAGAGGCGCUGCCGCAAGGCCAAGGCCCGGCCGGCCGCCUCGAAGGGCAGCUUCGUCCGCCGCCGCUGCCGGGACGAGGAGGAGGAGGAGGAGGCGGCGAGGAGCCUGCAGGCCCGGACGGGGCGAGCCUCGGCCUGGCUCGGCGACAGCCCUUCCCGUCCCGGGGGCCCCGACUCGCAGCCGUGCCCAGCAGGGCCUGGCGAAGGCUUCCCGGGGCUGGAUUCGGAGACCGACCCCAGGAAAGCGGCAGCGGCGGCGGCAGCAGGCCCGGCCCCGGGCCGCCCCAGGAAGACCAAGGAGCAGCUGUCGGUUCUGAAGGCCUUCUUCCUGCACUCGCGCUGGCCCAGCGGUGCCGACUACACCCGGCUAGUCGAGCGCACGGAGAAGGCCUUCAGAACCGACAGCUGCUCCUUGUUCGACUUCGUCAACAAGAAAGCCAGUGGAUCAUGA